AUGGACUUAUUGAGAAGAGCCAUGCAUGGUGGCGAUCCACCUUUUACACCAAUCCCUGGAAGUUUCCCAGAGGAGACAACGACUAUUCAUGACUCAAGAAUGGAGGGAAAUGUGGAAGAUACUAGCAGUGGUCAUAGCAGUCGUCGCAAUAGAUGGAAUAGAAAAGCUAUACUUAUUACACUAGUCAGGAUCCCAUUUGUAUUACUUUACUACAUUAUGGUUUGGACAAUAGUCAUACUAUCUUUAUUGAAACCCCUUUGUAAUAUAAGUGGAUUUUACAAGAAGAAGAACAGCAGGUUAUCGGAUCCAAAAUCUCAAUUGAACAAUCUGUUAGAAACGUUGGAUCACGAAUCUCAAAGGACUUUAAAUCCCAGUGUUCAAGAUGUGAACACACCGACAUAUACAUUUGAAUCACUUUACAGUUUAGAACAUGGUAGUUUGGCUCCAGAUAUUGUACAAGGUGGAUACGCGGAUCUGCUUAAUGCUUGUUCAGAGCAAUGUAAAUUUGCCAUAAUUUAUUUACAUGAUUCUUUGUUGGAUAACAGCAUGCAAUAUGUCAAUGAGCUACUAUGUUCUGAAAAGUUCGCAACUUUAAUCAAAAAAUACCAAGUGUUACUAUGGUUUAGCGAAGUCACAGUCUCAGAAGGGUUACAAGCUGCCAAUGCUCUAAAAGUAAGGCAAUUUCCCUUCUUGGGGGUUUUAUGUCUAAAGGCAGAAAAGAAGAUUGAAGUCAUUGGUAGAUUGGAAGGUAAUUUGGAUAAGUAUGGUACGAACGCUUUAGAGAACGUAUUGACCAAGGGUCAUAACAAAUUAGUACAAAUUCGUCAACAGAGGCAAAACUUAGCGCUACAGAGACUAAUAAGGGAACAACAAGACUCUCGUUACAGUGAAUCGUUGAGAAGAGAUCAAGAACUUGCACGCCAAAGAAAUGCACAAAGACAAGCAGCAUUAGAACAAGAAAGACAAGAGCUAUUGCGUAAGCAAUGGCUCCUAUGGCGUAAAUCCAUACUGCGACCAGAGCCGACGAGUACAGGAGGGUCCGCAUGUCGUAUUGCCAUCAGAACAGAUGGUGGCGCUAGAAUAGUUAGAAAAUUUGAUUCUAAUUUAACCAUUGAUGAGAUCUAUGCUUAUGUGGAAUUAUCCAUGGAAGGUCUAUUGGACAGUGCAGAAGUUAACAAUUCGCCACCACUAGGAUACGAACAUCACUAUCGUUUUUUACUACUAACGCCGGUGCCGCGCAAGGAAUUGGAUCCAGGUACUACAAUUGGUGAUGAACCUGCAAUCUAUCCAUCCGGAAACAUAGUCAUGGAGCCAUUGACAUAA